CAGGAAUGGAGCUCGGUCCCUUUAAAUCCCGCCAAGGAACGCCCGAGGGCCGGGCCGCGCCAUUCCCGGAUCCGCCGGCUGGGAAUCGCGGGUCCCCAGCGCGUCCUGCAGCGCUUCCCGCGCCGCGCCCCCAGCCCAGUGCGCCGGCUCUGUGCGCGGGUGCCUGGGCGGUCGGGAGAAUGAGCCGCAUCUACCAUGACGGCGCGCUCCGGAACAAGGCGGUGCAGAGCGUCCGGCUACCAGGGGCCUGGGACCCCGCCGCCCACCAGGGGGGAAAUGGUGUCCUGCUGGAGGGAGCACUGAUCGAUGUGUCUCGGCACAGCAUCUUGGACGCUCAUGGCAGGAAGGAGCGCUACUAUGUGCUGUAUAUCCGGCCCGGUCACAUCCAUCGCCGUAAAUUCGACACCAAGGGAAAUGAAAUCGAGCCCAACUUCAGCGCCACCAGGAAGGUGAACACGGGCUUCCUCAUGUCAUCCUACAAGGUGGAAGCCAAGGGGGACACUGACAGGCUCACGCCCGAGGCGCUAAAGGGGCUGGUCAACAAGCCAGAGCUGCUGGCACUGACAGAGAGCCUUGCCCCCGACCACACAGUGGCGUUCUGGAUGCCCGAGUCGGAGAUGGAGGCAAUGGAGCUCGAGCUGGGGGCCGGGGUACGGCUGAAGACUCGGGGCGAUGGUCCCUUCCUGGAUUCACUGGCCAAACUUGAGGCUGGAACGGUGACAAAGUGUAAUUUCGCUGGUGAUGGAAAGACAGGGGCAUCCUGGACAGACAACAUCAUGGCCCAAAAGUGUUCGGAGGGGGCUGCAGCGGAGAUCCGAGAGCAGGGGGACGGGGCAGAGGACGAGGAGUGGGAUGACUGAGGGAUAUGGCUGCCUCCGGGGGCACCAGCACCUUCUGUAGCAUUGUUGAGAAUUUCUUCCAUGAACUUCUACUCUGGAGCUGGAGAGAACAGUCAGCCAAGUCUUACCUGGUUCUUCCCCACAGCCAUCUUGGAAUACUCUUUGAACAAGCUCUGCUAAAACCAAACCCAUGACCACUGUGUUGGUGGUGGGGCCCCAUGCUGUGGCUCACGGAGGGCCCCUCCCUGCAUGUGAGUCUAGCCUUCCUAGACAUUACAUGAUGACCCUUUAAGACAAAAAUUAGAGAUGGAGGUCUCACUGUGCUGCCCAGGCUGGUCUCAAGUUCCUGGACUCAAGUGAUCCACCCACCUCCACCUCCCAAGGUGUUGGGGUUACAGGUGUGAGCCACCGCACCCGGCCUCAUGUUGACCCUCGCCCUGGAUUGCAGCCUGGUUUUUGGGGGCAGGUGGUGGGAGAGACCCUAAGGCAGCCCGAGAGUAACCGGACCUAGUAGUGGUGCAGAAUGGGAAAUAUCCCUUGUCUAAAUGCAGAGCGGCUGAGAGAAGUUAGCAGGGCUCUUCCUCUGUUCUCAUUGUUUCCUGCUUUCCUUCCCCACCCGCCCCCUCCUUAGCACUCCGUGUUGUAGCCUCUACUAUCCUGCUUCAAGCCUCCGUGUCCCCUGUACCUUCCCCCCGCCUCCCGAGUUGCCAGGUCUUUAUUCCCCCAUUGAUCCCAGGCCACCUCGGGGGUUCCUGUCGUCUGACAUCCCUGGCUGCUUUCCUGGUAGAUGGCAUUCCCAGAGAGGCCAACAACAGUGUUCCUAGGUGUGGCUGGCUGGUCUGCGUCUCUCAGACUCACUCUGCCAGGCUACAGUUUUGAGAAUACCUUUUUUGUUGUUGUUUUAUACCUGGAGGACUUUUAAUGAAUGAGUAAAUCUUCAGAAAGGAAUUCCUCCACCCUUACUGGGUUAUUGUCAGGUAUGAACAGCCUUUCAGCUGAGCAAUGUUCCUAUGAGAAGGAAGCCAUUUAUCUUGGGUCAUGAACAUUGCCUUUUUGGGUAGUAUACCCGCACCCAGAUCUGUGAAGACACCUGGGGUUGAAGUCUCCAUGUCAUCAGGACUUUGGCAUGUGGAUCUUGCUUGACUUGGGAAAAGAGAGGGUGGUGGUGAACUACUAAUUAUGGAGUGCCCCUAAUGUGUCAAACACAAUGCUGGAUGAUUUCCAUGAUAA